ACCCUGGACUGGUCGCCAGCCAGCUUCAAUUUAUUUUCACUGCAAAUAAACUCUUCAAAUAUCAAUAACAACUAGAAUAGCACUUGGUAGAAGCACCUGCAAACCUCCGCCAAGGCAAAUUAAUCCUACUUUGGGUCAGCAACAUACUAUACACCCUCAUAGAUGAUCAUUUCAUGCGUCUACCUGUAUUUUGACAUGAAAUAAAUGUCUUAUUUCUUAAGAAAUCAAGUUAAAUGUGGGAGAAUUGCUUGUUUUGCAAUGUUAAGCCAGACAUCCAUCAAAAUAAAACAGAUUCUUCUGAUGCCCAUGCCCCACCCCUCAAUACUUUCACAAAAAGUAAUAAUUUUGUCAUGAAAGUGUUGCUGUUAAGUAGUAGUGUGAUCCAUCUGGCAAAGGUACAAUUAUAAUAAUUAAAAAGUGAUUCAAUUGUUGUUUAAGUACAAAACAUAACUAAAAUGGCACUGAAUUGAGGCCCUUGCAGACCUCCACCAAGACAAAUCAAUCAUAAAUUUGAUCAGCACCACAUUAUACACCAUAAUAAUGCAUAGUGAUUAAUGCAUUAGCACUUGAGAACAGUUUCUUCCAAUGCCACUGCCCCACCGCUCAAUGGUGUCAUAAACUUGGAAUAAAAUUUGCAUCAAAGUCUGUGUAGUUCAUCUGAAAUCAAAACUAUAAAACUAUUCCAAGUUCACCUACAGCAAUAAAGAUGGCUGAAGGUCACAGAAGAGGGACAUAUUUACAGGUCAUUAGCCAUCACAUUAUGGUGUCAACAGAGCUGUCAAUAAGAUCCCUAGUAAGCAUGCAUGCACUUUCUAUACAUUGUGUCUUUUAAAGCCACUGUGUGUCAAAUAUGUGACAGCACAAUUUAAAUCCUGGCCCCAUUUGAGAACAUAAAUGUCAACAGGGGAAAGGACAAUGUAAUAGCCCUCCAGCUGGUUUUCCUUGUUUAUCAAUUAUUGAUUUCCACCCCUCCCUCACUUCCAGCGGGUACAACAUAGCAUUGAUCGGUUUUCCAGUGUUGAUGAAGUCGCACAGUGGUGGCGACAUGCGAGGGAGAGAGGAGGACAUAACACAAAUGUCAGAUAGUUUUUUUAGUGGGGCUAAUGUGAGCCAUGGAAGGGAUGAGGGGAUAUUCCUGAAUGAAAGAAUCUUGGUUCUGCAGCAGUGAAAACUAACUCAACAAGGAUGGAGCUGCUGAGCCCCUCCAAGGUGAAGGACCGUUCACCGAACGUCACAGAGAAGGUCACGCAGGUACGGGGCUAUGAAUCGAUGCGACAGUGUGGAUUUUACUGGUGGAUAAAUCAGUUUGCUUCGGUGGCGAUGGAUGUUUUCCUUCCGGGUGAUUGAGCCACAGCUCAAUUGGGAGCAGCCCAGGGGCUUAACAUUCUGCAUCAAUCCCUCUCUGGGAUGCUGGCGGGACGGAUCUCCUAUGCGUCUAGCCGACGAACAACUGCGUAAGGUUAGCUGAGAAUUAUCCAAAGGUUAAAGAGAAGCAUCCUGGUCUCAAGAAGCACCAGAAUGUGGCUAUAAUCUGGGCCCUGCAUCAAAAUGGUUGAGGAUUUGCUGCACCUACGUGGUGAUAGAAUCCUCCUCCACAGCAGAAGACACUCUCCAAAGGUUCUGUCCUUGGAGUCCGAUGUGCUCCCAGAGUAUAAACUUGAAGUUCCAGAGACACCAUGGUGGAUCCUGCUUCACUACAGCCCCUUUAAGGCCUUCUGGGACUGGAUCAUUCUCCUCCUGGUCCUCUACACAGCCGUCUUCACUCCGUACUCGGCAGCGUUCCUCUUGGACGAGCACAGUGAUGUGCGCCAGAGGAGCUGCGGCUACACGUGCAACCCCCUGAACGUUGCCGACUUGUUGGUAGACGUACUGUUCAUCGUGGAUAUCGUCAUAAAUCUACGUACCACCUACGUGGACCACAACGAUGAGGUGGUGACGCAGCCGAGCCGCAUCGCCAAGCAUUACAUCAAAGGGUGGUUUCCCAUCGAUCUGUUUGCAGCCAUCCCCUUUGACCUGCUCAUUUUUAGAUCUGGUUCUGAUGAGAUGGCCACCUUAACAAGUCUGCUCAAAACAGCUCGCUUGCUACGUUUAGUCCGCGUGGCGAGAAAGCUGGACCGCUACUCCGAAUACGGUGCCGCUGUCCUUUUCCUGCUCAUGUGCACUUUUGUCCUCAUCGCCCACUGGCUCGCCUGCAUCUGGUACGCCAUCGGCUUUGUGGAGAGGCCGUACACAGAGACCGGUUGGCUGGACAACUUGGCUGAACAACUUGGCAAGACGUAUAGCGACAAUGACUCCAGUUCGGGCCCGUCGGUCAAAGACAAAUACGUGACUGCGCUGUACUUCACCUUGAGCAGUUUGACAAGUGUCGGCUUUGGAAAUGUCUCUCCGAACACCAACUCUGAGAAGAUCUUCUCCAUCUGUGUCAUGGUCAUUGGCUCUCUCAUGUAUGCCAGCAUAUUUGGGAAUGUGUCCGCCAUCAUCCAGCGGCUGUACUCUGGUACGACUCGCUACCACACUCAGAUGCUACGUGUCAAAGAGUUCAUCCGAUUCCACCAAAUCCCCUUCAGCCUGCGCCAACGCCUGGAGGAAUACUUUCAGCACGCGUGGUCCUACACAAACGGCAUUGACAUGAAUGCUGUGUUGAAGGGAUUCCCUGAGUCCCUGCAAGCCGAUAUUUGUUUGCACUUAAACAGAUCUCUGCUGCAGACUUGCAAGGCUUUCCGUGGAGGCAGUCAGGCUUGUCUUCGGGCCUUGGCGAUGAGGUUCAAGACAGUCCACGCCCCUCCGGGUGAUAGCCUCAUCCACUAUGGCGACAUCCUAGACUCGCUCUUCUUCAUCUCGCGUGGUUCCAUCCAAGUCAUUAGGGAGGAUGUGGUGGUUGCCAUACUAGAGAAGAAUGACAUCUUUGGCGAGCCGAUCCAGCUUUACGACGAGCCGGGGAAGUCCAAUUCAGAUGUACACACCAUCACUUACUGUGACCUGCACCGCAUAAUGAGGGAUGACCUGCUGGAGGUUCUGGAUAUGUACCCAGGUUUUGCUGACAACUUCUGGAGGAACCUGGAGUUAACCUUUGACCUCCGAGAUGCGGAGCAACCACCUCCGAUAUUAAUGGAUGAGUCCGGCAACGACUGUGAUUACCGCCAAAAGCCAAGACACAAAAUACAUAUGGACUGCAGAAUCAGGCCUGAUGGAAUGGACCGGGAGGACUCCCACCCGUCCUGCCGCCAUCAUCACUCCCCUCCUCAAGCCCACUGUGAAGACCAGUGUAGCUGCGGUUCCCCGUGUUCCCACUCCAGUGAGGAGUUGACUAAACCCGUUGCUCAGGGUGCCAAAGUAGAGCAGUACCCAUCAGAAGAGGGCAGACGGGACUACACCCCUCCUUCUGAAGUGCAGCUGCAACCACCCAGUGGUGCCAUGACGAACCGAAGCCGUCCAGCCUUAAAUGUGCCAGGAAUGUUUGGCUACUGGACAACAGAGCAACAGCCUCAACAGUUCACCAGUCGGGCCUGGAGGUCAUCUUCGGUCCGGAAUUCGUACCACCUGCCACCCUUCAUAGAAGAGCGGCCCAGCGAGCUUGAAUCUCGACUUGAAGUUUUACAUUCGCAGCUCAACAGAUUGGAGACGCGCAUGACGGCCGACAUCAAUGUCAUCCUCCAACUCCUACAAAGGCAGAUUGCUCCCGUGCCUCCUGCUUAUAGCGCUGUGUCUUCCCGAAACCACCCAACUGACUCGACGGGCCUGUAUGGAAGCGGGGGAUCUGUGCUGCACAGCAUGUACCCCAUUGCCUCCAUGCAGAUAGACAGCCGAGCACCCACUCAGCGCUCCACCCACUCAGACCUGAAAUUUACCAAGAAGUCCCAAGAGUCACUAUCCAGCGGUAUCCACUUGACUCCAGAGACAGAAACUCAUCCAGGGAUAAUCCUGCAAAGGCCUCAAGCAUCUCAUGUAGAGAACCCUCGGACGUUCUCCACCCUGCGUUACCCCUCGCUGCCCAACAACCUCGACAUCACCUCGGGAUUGUCUGACAUCCAGAAACACCUCUCAGACCCGGUACUUCCUGUCCUGUGACAGGAAGUACCGGCAUUCACGGCACAGUGUGACUUUGAAGGCACCGACCCAUCAAAUAGUGAGUGGUUAAUGACAGACGUGAUACACUCAAGAUCCCUUUUUGUUGACCCUUCUACCAACGGAGCAAUAACCACUGUGAAGCAAAAACAUCUUUAUAUACGAUCAUUAUAGUUUCAAGACUGUUUGUGUUUAAAAUAAAAAUGACAUUAUGGUAAUAUGUUGAACUACACAUAGCAAACUUGCAUUCAUCACUCAAGGCUGUUUAAGUGCUUCAUUGGUUGGUUUAUGUUGGGGCGCCCCAGAAAAGGACUUUAAACCUGUUUUAGGUGGAUAAUCACACCUUAAAAAAGGUUUAAGGCCAUGUUUAGCUGUUAAACAGGCCUGGUGCUAUUAAAUUCUGUAUUUUUGUGUGUGAAACAUGAAUUGUGGGUCAGAAAUAGCGAUAAAGUGUUGGUUAUUAACAGUUCUGGGGGUGUUGCAUGUUUUUUUUUAAUUAGGAAGGCAUCAGAAGGGCAAAAUCUGACACUGGGGACUCGCAGAAAUGGUCUUUAAGUUUCUAAACAGCAAAGGCCCUCUGAAAUGGGGUACUUUUUUCUUAGAUUUUAAGAGGGUGCAAUUUUCAGCUUUUUUCAGGGGGACUGGUGCGGUCCAAUUUAGUGUUUUUGUUGUAGCUACCACCGUUGACACCUCGGAAGACCCGGCAAUAGGGGUGUCAUGAGAUGAAAAGGUGACAAGAUUUGUUGAGAUACUAAAUUUAUUAAACACACGAUACAGUAAAUGAAAAUGAACUCGAUCAUUUUUCCGGCCUCCGUUAUGUUACCAUGCACAUGCAUGCUUAUUUUUCUUGUCUCUCGCCUCCAAACAGGCAGGAAGAGGCUUGACUCUGUGCAUUAGUUCAGCACCUCUGUGCUUCAUAGAACAGCAGCAUUCCAUAGAACAACGGCAACUCGGAGUGAGCCCUCUUGUCAAUCAUGCAGUCGCCUUGUCUCAGUGGGGGAGGCCCUAGCAUACACACAGUGCAGCAGGGGAGCCUCAUAAAGAGCAAUGCAAGGUAACAUCGUAGAAAUUAGGAAGAAAAAAGAUGAUUGCAAAGCAUUAAGACCCCAUGUGGUCAUGUGGUUCAAAUCAAAUAAGCGAAGUGAGCCAUCAACACCCACAAGCCAGUAUGCUCAAUUAGUUUGAAAGUGGUUGCAAAAAAAGGCAACAAAACGAACCUGACCACCUCAAACAUAUCCACCCAACCCACUUUUCCCAUCUGGAUGCACAGCCUUAAAAAGUAAAUACAAACGGGAUAGCGCAAAAUGGUGUGCACUCACAGAAAGAGUAGUUUGCUACAUCGCAAAAGAAUUGCUGCUGUUUAAUACUGUACAGUUGAAAAGCCAGCAUUUCAAGAAAUGCUGCAAAUGUUUGACAGACAGUACGAACUGCGUCUGAGAAAAUACUUGUCACAAACGCCAAUUCCACAACCAGAGCGAAAGAUGACACAUUUAAGGAAAUUUUGCAUUAUUUUGAUAUAUUAUAUCAGAAGAUUAGUGGUUUAUUUGCAUUAACAUUUCAAAACACACCUGCAUUGUUCUGUGACUCAGUUAAAUAAAAGCGUUUGUUUGACCAGUCCUAUAUUUUUUCAUUGUAUUUUUCUGAAAAUUAAAGCUUUU